AUGCCCAGGAUACAAGCUAAGGGGAUUAAUGAGAGACCCCAUUCAAGACAUACACCUGCAGCAAUUAACCAUAGGUGUAUAGAACGCAGAGAACCAUACUUCAGCGGAUUAGGACUCUGCUCAAUGGGUGUUGCCCAUGCCACCAUUUCAGAGCCUGUUUCAGUGCACUGUGUGAAUGAGUGCUCUGCUAGUAUUCGCUUCUACGUUAGGCGCAAUAGACCCGAGACACGUAGUGCACUGGUCGGGCUGGCCGAAAAGGAGGGCAUUGGCAAUAUACUUCUGUCAACUUACGCAUGCCGAUCUUUUCAAGUGUCCAAUCGCAAUCUUGUCGCCUUACGAGGGAUGUUGGUGCUAGAAGAUGGAGUAGGUGGCCUAGUUAGGGCACCGAAGAUGACGAGAGAAAUCAUUCUUAAGGAGAAUAUUUCCAUCCCUGCCAGUAACAAUCAGAAGUGGCUUUAUUCAUCUCGCGGCUCCCAGGAAGAGCAAGAGGAGCGCAACAAUGAGCCAGUCAUCUGA